AUGAUAUUAAUACCAUCAUUGUUUACUGCUACAACUUUUCUUGCUGUACAUCGAUUUAUUAUUAAUUUUACUGAUUUGCCAUAUUCUAAUGAGCUGAAUCAUCCAUAUUCCAAACAAUUUAUUCGUACCAGUCAACAAAUUUCGGAUGCUCUUCAGACUAUUUUAGCAGCAUUACCUGGCCAAUACAAUAUUUCUAUUGUUAAUUACAGGUAUCAACCAGUAAUUGGUACUUUGGUAACAAUCGAGGUAACAUCACGAAAAGCUCAACCAAAAUUGAGAAAAAUCAUCGAAAAAGCAAUACGAACAGGCUACAUUGGUGGAUAUGGUGUUGGUUUCGAUGGUUUUCAAUAUUAUACAUUUAAGGAAUUACCAAUUAUGAUGGACUGUUCAAGUUUACAAUUCAAAUGUGAUGAUGGGUCAUGCAUUGAUGAUAAACAACGAUGUGAUGGUGAUAAGCAAUGUUUAGAUGGUAGUGAUGAAGCUAAUUGUGAAAAUGAAAGAAUAAUAUUGAUCUCACCGCAUUCAGUCCUUUUACCGGGUGAUUCGAUUCGAAUUUCAGCAAAAUUAAAUGGCAUCUUUUCAUCUCAUAAGGCUCGUUGGUUUCAUAAUGGUAAACCAUUAAAAAAUGAGAAUGGUAGAAGGAAUGGAAUGAUAAGAUACUAUAAUACAACAAUGAAAUAUUACUUAUUGAUUGAUAAUAUCAGUAGUGAUAACAGUGGUGUAUAUGAGAUAAAUAUCAGUGGCAUCAAAAAAGCAAUUACUAUCAAUGUUUCAACAGAUAACGGAAUUAUCAAAAAGCAAUGCUUUGAUACUGAUAACUGCACAGCAGCUUCAUGUGAAAGUGAUGAAUAUUUUUGUCAAAUUGAUAAUUUCUGCUUACCACGAAGUGUCAUUUGUGACGGAAAACGUGAUUGCACUGAUUUUACGGACGAAGCAAACUGCAAUACCGCAUCACAUCACAUUAAUAAAAAAUUGAAAUGGUUAACAGCACAAGUAACUGUCAAAUGUUUAGAUGGUUCUGUACCAGAAUUUAGCUUACAUGGCUCAACAUACUGUUGGAGUAAUUCUGUUUGUCCAUCUCAUACAACAUGCAUCGAAGGAAAAUGUUGCAAAACUGAUUCGUCGUAUCACAUGCGUCAAUGUCCGGAAACGUACUGGGAAUGCGGUAGCGGUGAAUGCGUUCCGCUAGAUGCACGUUGUGAUGGUUUGCAAGCAUGCGAUGAUGGAUCAGAUGAAAUGCAUUGCGGUAGUGAAAAACGAUCGAUAAAAGGAAAUUGUGGUACAAAUUAUUAUAGUUGUGAUUCUGGUGAAUGUAUUCCACGUGAAAAAGCGUGUAAUCGACAUUAUGACUGUUCUGAUGGUAGUGAUGAAAUGAAAUGUGAAUAUUUCAUUGCUGCUCAACAAGCUCAUUUCGCAUCGACAGGUGCUACUAAUGCUAAAAUUAAUAAUAAAUUUGAAAAAGUUACAAGAAAUCAGAAUAAGCAUGGAAGUGAUAAUCGAUAUUUUUCUUCUGAUUAUCAUAAAACAGGACAAUAUAAUGGUCAUACUGCUAAUAAUAAGAUCAGGCAUAAUCAUGAUAAAGCUAUCAGAGGUCAUAAUGGUGAUAAAAAGAUUGGAAAUGAUAAGCGAAACAGUUACAGUUACAUGACCAAUGCAAUUAAUGAUAAUGACCGAAAUGAAAAUUAUCACAAUAGUGAUAAGCGUAAUGACAUUUCGAGUUAUGAUACGUCUGAAAAUCAUCAAUUUAAAGAGUUAACCGGUCGUAUUAUCGGAAUAGAACACGACAGGACGAAUAAUUUGCAAGAAUUAUCAUUAGAUGACGAAAAUGUGCUUAAUCAUGGAUCAAAUUAUGAAUCGGAAAGCUUAUCAGCAGCAGCAAUAAAUGGUGAUUCAUCAUAUGACAGCGGUGCUAGCAAUUUAUUCCGGCAUAAUGAAGCAAAAUAUGAAAAUUACCAUUCCGGAAUUACUUAUGGUAAAGCAGAAAUAAGACAUGAAACAAAUGAAACAUCACAUAGCAACCAGAAUAGUAAUGGAAUUGAUGAGAAAGAUGAAGAAGAUACGGAUGAAUGCUCGGAUCAAGAAUUCCGAUGUCCAUAUUUACGGAGAACAUUAUGUGUUCAUUAUAUGAAAAUAUGUGAUGGUAUUGACGAUUGUGGUGAUGGUAGUGAUGAAAUGAAUUGUGGUGAGGAUGAACUGGUUACAUUAGCAAAUGAUCAUAGCGAACCAGUAAGUGAAAUAGCUGCCGGAUCAUGUCAACCGGAUCAGUUUCGUUGUGAAAAUGGAAAAUGCAUUGCACAAGUUGAUCAUUGUAAUCAUAAAUAUGAUUGCGAUGAUGGUACAGAUGAGAUUACCUGUGAAUAUUUUGUACAAGCACUGCAACAAGCAAGAGGUACAACGAUGCAUCCUGAUGAAAUAAUACCGAUUUAUGCCACUACAACCGGAAAACAGGAGUACGGUCAGGUGCAGGAGGAGGAACAAGAAAGAUUGAGAGAGGAGCAAGAAAGACAGCGGUAUGAACAGGAAAGAAGUCAUGAAGAGGAAGAACAGCGCCGCCGAGAAGAGGAACGAGAAAGAUUGAAGCAGGAGAAAGAACAGCAAGAGAUAUUGAGGCAGGAGCAAGAAAGAGAACGGCAGGAAUAUGAGAGAAGACGAGAGGAAGAAGAACAACGAGAACGAGAAAGAGCAGAACAUGAAAGGAUAAGGCAAGAAUAUUAUGAAAAUGAAAGACGAAGACAAGAGAUUGAGCAGAGAGAGAAAGGGUAUGGGAAGGAGGAGGAUGUAGAGAAACACGAAAGAUGGGAAAGUACACGAAAAGAGGAACACGAGAGACAACACGAAGAAGAGGAAAGAUUAAGGCAAGAGCAAGAAAGACAGGAGCAUGAGAGAAGACGAGAGGAGGAACAUCAUCAACAAGAAGAACGAGAAAGGUUGAGACAGCAGAAAGAACAGGAAGAAGAGCAGCACGAAAGAUUACGGCAAGAGCAAGAAAGACAGGAGCAUGAGAGGAGACGAGAGGAGGAACGAGAAAGGUUGAGACAGCAGAAAGAACAGGAAGAAGAGCAGCACGAAAGAUUACGGCAAGAGCAAGAAAGACAGGAGCAUGAGAGGAGACGAGAAGAGGAACGAGAAAGAUUGAAACAGGAGAAAGAGCAUCAGGAAAUAUUGAGGCAAGAACAAGAGAGAGAAAGACAGGAGCAUGAGAGAAGACGAGAAGAGGAACGAGAAAGAGCGGAACAAGAAAGGAUAAGGCAAGAAUAUUAUGAAAGCGAGAGACAAAAGCAAGAAAUUGAACAGCAAAGAAAAGGGGAAGAGUAUGAAGAGGGACAAGAAGAUAGACAGGAACAGGAUGAACGGAGUCGACAGGAACAGGAAAGGAUUAGACAAGAGUCAGAAAUAAGACGACAGGAAAAAGGAGAAAAAAUUGAGGAAGAUGAGGGACAUGAAAUUUUUGAUAAGAAACAGGAAAGUUAUGAAGAGGAGGAACAACAUCAAAGACAACCGGAAGAGGAAGAGCAGUUGGAACGGAAACGGAAAGAGGAGGAAGAGAAGGAAGAUCGUAGACGUUUGGAAGAGGAUCGUAGACGUUUGGAGGAAGAUCGUAGACGUUUGGAGGAAGAUCAUAGACGUUUAGAGGAAUUAUCAAGAACUGAUCAGGAAAUGAAACCGGAAAAGGAAAGAGGAAAAGAUGAAUAUGAGAAACAUCAAUUAACCAUAGAUGGAGUUCGAAUUAAGGAAGAUGAGAAACAGCGACGAUUAGAGCUCGAACAUUACGGUUUGGAUAAGGAUAAUCAGGUAGAGAAGGAUUUUUACACGGAAGCAGACGCACGUGAACGCUAUGACGUGGUUGAAGCAGGUACAACGUGUAGCAUCGAGCAAUAUCAGUGUGCUAGCGGUGAAUGUAUUGAAAAGAGUGCGCAAUGUGACGGGAAAACGGAUUGCUCCGAUGGUUCCGAUGAGCGGCUUUGUCAUCCGCCAGUACAAAAAGAACCAUCUAAAUCGAUGGUUACUUCUCUAAACGAUAAAUAA